CUUGUCUGGGUUCCGGGGCACGGGUUGCAUAGCCAUGACCGAGGAUGUUCACGCGACGCUGCGAAGGAGUUCAAGAUCGAGGAUAGCAGGCUCAGCAAUCUUGAUACUAUGCUUGGGAGUUUGUGCGAAGGACAACACUUUUUCCAUAUCUUCGCAGAAACCUGUGGCAGGUUUUGGACGCCCUUCACACGCAUUUCUUGAGCAACAGAAGGCCCGCAGACUCUUCACCGAGACCUCCUUACUGAGGUCUUCGAAGACCAAAGGAAUUGUUGCGACCAGGUCUUCGAAAGCUGCGAGAAAGGCAGCAGAGGAGGUGAAACUGAGUUCCGUGAGGCAGUCGACUGUGAACCUGGUGAAGAAUAUUGUUGGUGCAGGAAUGUUGUCAUUGCCUCAUGGUGUUGCUGCUUUCAGCUCAAGCCCGCAGGCUGUUCUGCCUUCCUUGAUUUUGUCCCUGCUAGCUGCUUUCUUCAGUGCAUAUGGCUUUGUUCUUAUCGCAGAAGCUUGUGACGCUACUGGGGAGACCACCUACACGAGGGUGUGGGCUCGGACGGUCUCAUCAAGCACCCAAUUUCUGCCUGCGAUAGCGUGCCUGGCCAAGGCUGCCAUUGGAUGUAUAGCAUUUUCCAUGAUUCUCGGAGACUGCAUCUCUCUCAUGAUUUCUCCGCUUCAUUUGCCAGUAUUCAUUGCGAGCAGAGAUUCUGUAAUUUUGAUCAUGACCGCGCUGGUGCUUUAUCCCUUGUGCAGUAUGAAGUCGUUUGCGCCUUUGGCCAAAUUUUCUUUACUGGGCGUGUUGAGCAACUUCUACAUCUGUGCUUUCAUUGCGCUGCGUUGUCUUGAUGGAUCCUACGCGAAGGGUGGUAGUCUGUUUUCAGCCGCACCAGCUGCUCCAAAGUUUAUUCAUGGCGAAGGCAUGUGGAGCACUCUGUCGCAUCCAGGCAUUUCAGUUUUGCUCAGCAUUUUGGCAACAGCCUACUUGGCACACUACAACGCUCCUUUGUUCUACGAGCAGCUUGCGCCUGAUAAGAAGACCGGAAAGAAGGACCGAAACUUCUUCAUAGUCUCGGUUUUGGGAUUUGGCAUCUCCGGUCUGAUAUUUUGCCUGGUAUUGGCUGGAGGUUUCUUAACCUUUGGCCAAUCGAGCAUGGGUCUCAUCUUAAACAACUAUGCAGCUACGGAUGGUCUUGCAGUUCUUGCUCGAGCUGCCAUUGUGCUAUCACUGGUGACUGCGUAUCCAUUGGUUUUCCUCAGCCUUCGCAAGCAGGUUGUGGAGAUUCUAGGUAGUCGAGGUGCCAAACUAGCUGAGGAGAAGCCGAGGCUUUCUACGGUGGUUUUGUUGGCAGGGGUGACGGCUAUCGCUUUGAGACUGCGAAACCUUGGCGUUGUAGCUGCGCUUGCUGGAGCAAGCUUGGGAACUUUCUUGGUAUAUGUUGCUCCGGCACUCAUGAUUCUUGGUGCCCAACGCCGAAAUUUGGUUCAGAGUCCAAAGGGCUUUGGCGGUUGGGUCGCGCGCGUGAUGCAAGUCUUCUUGGUGCCUCUGGGUGUUGGACUUGGAGUGAUUGGUAGUGUGCAUAGUCUCAAAUGAUCUCAGAUCAUGCAUCAAUGCAUCGAUAUGCUUGCUGCAAAAUGCACGCAAGGAUAAAGGCUUUAAGGACUCAAGCUUGUAGCUUAUCCAUUCUGUACAUGCGACGCUGUCGGCGGGAAAA